UGUUUUUAUACUUCUAGAGAAACUGGAUCUAAAAUAUUUUGCGGUUUAGCGUGUGAAUAUGUUAAAAAUUACAUAAAUAUAUAAACGUUUGUUAUUUUAAUACAAUUAAAACGUAAAAUAAUAUUUUCAAAACACGUUAAUUAGAGUUAAAAAGAGAUGGCACUUUUGAACUAAAAAUUAUUUAGAAAAAUCAAUAAAUGCUUGUUGAGUAUAAAACACGCGUUUCCCUUCAUAUCCCAGUAAAAAAUUGUUUUGUGAAUAAAAUACCUACAACAAGGCCAUGAAAACCAUGUGCAUAAAUUGUACUUAAUAAGCAAUUCUUAAAACAAAAUUCUGAAAUUGUUACUUGCAAUGCAUUUUUCUAAAGUGCUGAUAAGAGAAAAAUAACUAGUUUUGUAAACAAAAAAUAAUAUAAACAAUAAUUAUUAAAAAUUGCCAAAAAAAAUUUGUUUACUUUUAAAUUUUUAACAAUAUUUGCAAAAAAAAAAUUAAAACAUUAUAAUUCUAAACAUUACUCCAUUCACAAAGAACAUGAUGCUACUUUGUAACGAAGACAACAUUUUUUACUGGGAUGCUGUUGCAAUGUUUAGUAUACUACGACUUCGAGAAUAUACCUAAAUGAGUAAAUGCUGUCUGCCGGUUAAAUUUACUUGUCUGCGUCUUUUUUUCUUGUGUUGAUUUUACCGCCUAAAAAUAAAAUGAUUUUAUCUGCAUUUAUAUAUUUUUAAAGUGGUUUUAAUUAAAAAUUUAAACGCACCAAUAAAAGCAAUCACAAUGGAUCCACUGUUAAGAAGAGAAACCUCAGCCACCGCAACAUCAUCCUCCUGCACCCAACACACACCAGUAGUAACAUCCCCAAAGGACGGCAGUAAGUGUCAGCGAUUUAAAAGAGCCAUAUUCUCACCAUGGUAUCGCAAAAUCUCCGUAGAACCCACUAUGUUCUUAUAUAUGUUUGCAUUUAUGAACACUUCUGUAGUGGAGCAUGAUUUCUUUUUACAAAAGGCCUGCCGUGUCAAUAAUAAUUUUUCCGAUGAAAUCUGUGAACACAUUAAGGACAGCGAAAAUGCUGAAUACAAAAAAUUAGUUCAAAUUACCACAGCACAAUUCUAUCAGUGGGAAUCGAUAGCAGCACAUGUAUUCCCCAUAAUAUUGGCCCUAUUUCUGGGUUCAUUUUCCGAUCGAAGAGGCAGAAAAUUUCCUUUACUAAUGGGUUUGUGUGGUAAGCUAAUCUAUUCCGUAAUGAUAGUGGUAAAUGCUAAAAUGAAGACUUGGCCUUUGGAAAUGGUUAUUUAUACGGCGACUUUGCCUAGUGCUUUAACGGGAUCAGAUGUGGCUAUUUUUGCUUCUUGUUUUGCUUAUAUCUCCGAUAUUUCUACAUUGAGAAAUCGUACCAUGAGAGUAACCAUUUUAGAUGUCUGUUAUUUAAGUGCCAUGCCUACGGGUGUAGCCUUGGGUUCAUAUUUGUUUUACAAUCAUUUUAAACGUUCCUAUGCCAAUAUGUUUACCUUGAAUGCUUCUCUAUUGGUGGCGGCAAUUAUUUAUACGAUAUUUGCUUUAGAGUGGCAAACUACUCCUAAGCAAAGACCUUUACGUGAAGUGGGCUGUUGUGGCUUUUUACCCGAUUUCUUUAAUAAACAACAUGUCAUUGAUUCGUUUACGGUUUUAGUGAGAAAACGUCCUGGUCCUCGUCGCUGUUUUCUUAUACUUUUAUUGAUUUCCAUGGCCUUGUAUACGUUCCAAAGAGAUGAGGGUCAAUAUUUGUAUAUUUAUACUAGUUUCAAAUUCAAAUGGGAUAUAAGUAUUUUCAGUACUUUUAAGACUGUCAAAUCAUCGGCUUUUGUAUUGGCCAUGUUAUUAGGUGUGCCCUUAUUUAAUAAGGUUUUUAAUUGGAGGGAUACGACCAUUGUCUUCAUUGGAGCUUGGGCUCAUGCUAUUGCUCGUCUUUUUUAUUACUUUGCCACCACCGGUACCCUAUUCUAUGUGGGUGGUCUGGUAAGCAGUUUGGGUCCCAUUGUUGCGCCCAUGAUUCGUGCUAUGACCUCAAAAGUAGUGCCACUAUCGGAAAGAGGCAAAGUUUUUGCUUUACUCUCUGUAUGUGAUAAUGCCGUGCCCUUUAUAAGUGGCGUCUGUUACUCUCAAGUCUAUAGGGCAACAUUAAACGAUGAGGGCCAGGGUGGUGCGGGUGUAUUUCUCUUGACCAUUGCCACCCAAAUGGCAGUGUUUCUAUUGAUACUCUGCAUCCAUUUGGUUUUGGGCGAUAGUCCCAUGGCUGUGCCAGAGGUUAGCGAAAAAGAAACUGCCAUUGUUCAGGAUGCUGCUAAUGUAGAAGCUAGUAGUUCACCACAGGAGGAGGAGCAGGUUACUUCACGUAAUAUUAGGAAAUAUUAGCUUUAAAUUGUUUUAAUAUGAUUAGAAAACGUAAUUGUUUAAAAAGGUUUUAAUUUAGAAUUUAAGUUUACAAAUAAUAAUAUUCUUUUAAUUGUAUUAUAAUAUUAUUAAUAAAUUUUGUAAAAUUUUAUUUAAAAAGA